CAUUCAUAUCAUAUCUUUGAUUUAUCACAGAAUUACAAAUGUUCACACAUUGAGUUUAGCUUCGUGACAACGAUAACGGCCAAGAUAUGACAUAUGUAAUUCUCUUCUUUUUAGCCAGUGUGGCUUUCGCCGGCUUGUCUUCUGGGGCUGAGUGCCCACAGUCCGGGAAGGCGCUCCUCCCGUCGGCCGACACAUGCAGGAAGUACAUCCAGUGCGACUCCGGUGUCGGGAAGGUCAUCACGUGUCCCGUGCUCCAACUGUUCGACACCGUCACCCUCCAAUGCGAUUGGUUUUUCAAAAUCGACUGCGGGGCCGUUCCGCCCGAAUUUCCGCCAUCUCAAUGGAAACCCGACCCUUUGAUGAUGAAGUAAAAUCUAGUCGGUGUUGUUCUUUUAUUAAAUCGAUGUUUUACA